UAUCGUUAAUGUUUUGGUUAUUGAUAAGGAUCAGAAUGGGGCCUUCCUGUGUGACCAAGGAUUUCAAUUUAAAUGAUUAAAAAACCUAUUUACCGCAGUCUAAAAAGGAGAGCGUGUUCAAUGGGUUUCACGCGACUUGUCUUCCCGAACGGAUUUCUUAGAAAAUCACCCUUUCUCAAAACGUACGAGAAUUGAAUUUAAUUUUGUCCAACUGCUUAUUGUACAAGGUACUGCUUAAAGUGUCUCAAGAUUUUACGCUAUGUCUGAAGACGGAUUCAUCGGAAAACUGGACGGGCACAGAGGUGUGACUGUCUCGUCGAAAACCGAAUGUUGCCAAAAUUUGGAACAGUUUGCCAAGAAGCUGGAAGUUUCUUUGAAAAAAUGGACAAAUGAAAAAUUGAGAAGUGUUUGGUUUGAAGUUCACCUCUCACAGGCCGAUUGGAUUUCAGUUCUUGCGAAAAAUGGGUUCACAGUCCACCAUGGUAAAGGUGAUCUAGUGAACCUUGUUAAAUGGCUGCCAAAAGAUGAAAAAAAUGUGAUACCACCAUUUGCUCAUAAUACGGUUGGUGCUGGUGCGAUAGUGAUAAAUGACAAAGAUGAAAUUCUCACUGUUCAGGAAAAAUACGCCGACUAUACCCACUGGAAAUUGCCUGGGGGUUAUGUGGAGCCGUUGGAAGACAUAGGCGAUGCAGCUCAACGAGAGGUAUUAGAAGAAACAACCAUUCAAACCGAGUUUAUAUCGGUUAUUGCAUUUAGACACUCUCUUCAAGGUAAUUUCGGAUGUUCAGAUAUUUACUUCAUUGUUUGGCUGAAGCCUUUAACUCAUGAGAUUUCAAAAGAGGAAAGCGAAGUCAAAGAUUGCAAAUGGAUGAAUGUCCAAGAGUUCAUAAACCACCCAAAUGUUCACGAAAACAACAGAUUAUUUGUAAGGACUUUUCUUAACCACCAAAAAUCGGGUCUCAGAAUGACAAGGCAAAGGAUGUUUCAUCCAAUAUCAAAAAAACCACAGAGGGUUUAUCUAUUGACCAAAGUGGAAGAUUCUUAACAACAUAUUAUAUUAAAUAUUAAUUGUUUAAAUAUUGUUUUCUAUUUGUUAGGAAAUAUAUAAUUUUAUAGUA